GCCCUAUUAUAUACGGUCCAUCACUAACUGUACCUACGCCGAUCGCACCGUCGUCGUCGACUCGUCGGUAAAAUCUCCGGCCACCAUUUCAGUCGCCACUCUCUAGUCAAUACACGCAACUUCAUUGCGGAGAUAUCAGUCUGCAAAAUUCCUCGUGUAUAUACACACACACACACACACACACACACACACAUAUAUAUAUAUAUAUAUAUAUAAGCAGUCGACUAAUACGCAUUCGGAUACGAAAUGGCUCCGAAGAAGAAGCAGCAACAGCAAAAGCAGAAGCAGAAAGCUUCCUCAUCAUCUUCGUCCAAAGGCAAGGCUCCGUCGUCGACCGGUCCGAAGCUGCAGAUAUCGGCCGAGAACGAGAGCCGGUUGCGGCGGCUGUUACUGAACUCCGGCCGGUCUACAGCUCCUGCUCCGGUUGAUGAUUCACUCUCCCAGGCGCAGAAGGCCAAAAAGCUUCGCUCCAUUUACGAGAAGCUAUCUUGUGAAGGCUUUAAGGAUGAUCAAAUCGAACGCGUUCUCUCCGCUCUCAAGGAUGGUGCAACAUAUGAGGCUGCUCUAGAUUGGCUAUGCUUAAAUUUGUCUGGUGAUGAGCUUCCACUGAAAUUUGCUGGUGGCACUUUGCACUCAAAUGAAGGUUCUGUUGGCAUCAUAUCAACUGCACGAGAAGAUUGGGUUCCUUCCACAGAUUCAUCAGCUGCAGGAACAAGGGAGGAAAUAUCAGAGGCUUUCAUAACAACUAAGGAGCAAAGGGUUAAUGAAACUCUUGAUUCCGUUGAGCGUUCUCAAGCAGAUUGGAUCCGGCGGUAUAUGGAACAACAAGAAGAGGAUGAAUCUGAAUCUGAAUCUGGCCUGUUUGCUGAUGCUUCCUCAAAACAGAGUCUACAAUCAAGGCGUAGUCAUGAAACUAUUGUACAAGAGUUUCAUACUGCAAGGCUGGAAGCUAUUCGUGCAAAAGAGACUGGUGACAAGAAAGGCCAAGAGCAAGCAAGCAGAACUAUCCGCAAAAUCAAGCAGGAGAUAUCUGCCCUGGGAUUGUCAGAUGCUAUCCUGGAAUCUGGAUAUGAAAGUUUUCCCCACCAGGCUCUGCAGGACUUGUCUUGCCCUUCCAUGUCUUCUGAGAACUUAGAAGCUGAUGUUGUUACUUUACAAAAUGGAGAAGAUUGUAUAACUUCCAGUCUCCAUGAGUGGGAGUUAAAUGUGGAUAAAAAGGUGGCUGGGUUGUCUUCUGAAGAGGACUCUGUGAGUGUCUCCAUACCUGAAAAGACUGAAUCAGAAGGAGAAUCAGGAGAUGUAGAACUUGGUAAUUUUCUCUUUGAAGAGGCCUCAGCUGCUGAGUUGCCUGCUGAAGCUUUGGAACGGCAGAAAAAAGAGAAGCUGAGAGAACUGUUGAGUGAGAAAAACUUAGAGAAGCUAGAAGGUAUAUGGAAGAAGGGAGAUCCACAAAAGAUUCCAAAGGCUUUUCUACACCAGCUUUGCCAGAAAUCAGGUUGGGAUGCACCAAAAUAUACUAAAGCACUUGGAAAAAGAAAUAUUUCCAGUUACACAAUAAGUAUAUUGCGCAAAGCUAGUGGAAGGGGUAAAAGCAGAAAAGCUGGGGGACUAAUAACAAUUGAGCUUCCUGAACAGGAUCAGACAUCAAGUAAUGCUGAGGAUGCACAGAAUAUGGUGGCAGCAUAUGCUCUCCAUCAGUUGUUUCCAGAUCUCCCUGUUCACUUGCCAAUUACAGAGCCAUAUGCUUCAAUUGUCCUCCACUGGAAAGCAGGUGAAUCUUUGACUGAUGUAGUUGAGGAUCAAGAGGAACGUAGAGCAAGUUUUGUCAAUUCGUUAUUGAAUGCCGAUGGGUCUGGUAUUAUUGUUCCUUUGAGUGCCACCAAUAAUCCAACUGAGAAUAAGAUUCAGCAGCCUCAAGUUACAGAAGAUAAAACAACUAGCUCUGAUUUGAAAGUUAAAAAAGUGAAUCAGAGAAAAGAAUCAGAAAGUGUUUAUUUGAGGCAAGAGCAAGAGAAUAAGAAGAAGAUGAAGAAGUACCAGGACAUGUUGAAAUCACGAGCUGCCCUUCCUAUUGCUGAGUUAAAGGAUGAUAUUUUGCAUUCACUUGAAAAGAAUGAUAUUUUGGUUGUUUGUGGGGAAACAGGUUGUGGUAAAACAACUCAGGUUCCACAAUUUAUAUUGGAUGACAUGAUUGAGUCAGGACAUGGUGGAUAUUGUAACAUUAUAUGUACACAACCAAGGAGAAUAGCGGCAGUUUCUGUAGCUGAAAGAGUUGCCGAUGAGCGAGUUGAAUCUUCACCAGGUUCAUAUGAUUCUUUGGUUGGCUAUCAAGUGCGUCUUGAUAGUGCAAGGAGCGAAAGAACAAAGCUUCUCUUUUGUACAACUGGCAUCCUCUUGAGAAUGAUAUCGGGUAACAAAGACUUAAGUGGUAUAACUCACAUCAUUGUUGAUGAAGUGCAUGAACGGUCUCUUCUGGGUGAUUUUCUGCUUAUUGUCUUGAGGAAUCUUGUUGAAAAGCAAUCUGCUCAUGGCACUCCAAAAUUAAAAGUCAUUCUCAUGUCUGCCACGGUUGAUUCACAUUUAUUUUCACAAUACUUUGGUCAUUGUCCUGUAAUUACUGCACAAGGACGAACACAUCCUGUCUCAUCUUAUUUUCUAGAAGAUAUUUAUGAAAAUAUCAACUAUCGCCUUGCAUCUGAUUCUCCAGCUUCUAUGAACUAUGGAGCACCCACAAAAGAGAAGAAUGCUCCUAUUGGAAAUCACAGAGGGAAGAAAAAUCUCGUCUUAUCUGCAUGGGGUGAUGAAUCAUUGCUGUCUGAUGAUCGUGUAAAUCCAUAUUAUGAUCCAAGUAUCUAUCAGACAUACAAUGAGCAAACUAGAAAAAACUUGAGAAGAAUGAAUGAAGACGUUAUUGAUUAUGAUCUUCUUGAAGACCUUGUAUGUCACAUUGAUGAAACAUACCCUGAUGGUGCAAUAUUGGUUUUUUUACCUGGUGUUGCAGAAAUACAUGCGUUGCUUGAUAGACUUAGCGCAUCUUACCGAUUUGGUGGGCAGUCUUCUGAAUGGCUUCUUCCUUUACAUUCAUCUAUAGCAUCUGAGGAUCAGAAAAAGGUGUUUCUUAGACCUCCUGAGAACAUUCGUAAGGUUAUAAUUGCAACUAAUAUUGCAGAGACUAGUAUAACAAUAGAUGAUGUGGUUUAUGUGGUAGACUGUGGAAAGCAUAAGGAAAAUCGCUAUAAUCCAAAAAAGAAAUUGUCAAGCAUGGUUGAAGAUUGGAUUUCUCAAGCAAAUGCAAGGCAGCGCAGAGGAAGAGCUGGACGUGUAAAGCCAGGAAUUUGUUUUUGUCUGUAUACGCAUUAUCGAUAUGAAAAGCUCAUGCGACCUUAUCAGAUACCUGAGAUGUUGCGGAUGCCUUUGGUUGAACUAUGUUUACAAAUCAAGUUACUUUCUCUAGGCAACAUAAAGAUCUUCUUAUCCAAGGCUCUAGAACCUCCAAAGGAGGAAGCUAUUACAUCAGCAAUUUCUUUGUUAUAUGAGGUGGGAGCAAUUGAAGGAAAUGAAGAGUUGACUCCUCUUGGGUAUCAUUUGGCUAAACUCCCAGUUGAUGUACUGAUUGGGAAGAUGAUGUUAUAUGGUGCAAUAUUUGGUUGUUUAUCACCAAUUCUCUCUAUUUCAGCAUUUUUGAGCUACAAGUCACCAUUUGUUUAUCCAAAAGAUGAGAGGCAAAAUGUUGAAAGAGCCAAGUUGGCUCUAUUGGGUGACAAGCUUGGUGGUGAAACUGAUUCUUGUGACAGCAACUUGCAAUCUGACCAUUUACUAAUGAUGGUUGCAUAUAAGAAGUGGGAGAAAAUUCUGCGUGAGAGUGGAGCUAAAGCGGCACAUCAAUUUUGCAGCUCAUAUUUCUUAAGCAAUUCAGUUAUGCACAUGAUAAGAGACAUGAGAGUGCAAUUUGGAACAUUGCUAGUUGACAUUGGACUCAUUGACAUUCCCAAAAAUUUCCAGAUUGCUGGGAAAAGGAAAGAAAAGCUUGAUAGUUGGCUUUCUGAUGCAUCACAACCAUUUAAUAUGCAUGCAAAUCAUAAUUUAAUUCUUAAGGCCAUACUAUGUGCAGGUCUGUAUCCCAAUGUAGCUGCCACAGAAGAAGGUAUCUCUGCAUCUGCUCUUGGAUCCCUGAAACAGAAUACCGGUCCCACAGCAAGGAGUCAGCCCCUGUGGUUUGAUGGAAAAAGAGAAGUUCACAUUCACCCUUCUUCAAUGAACUCUACUUUAAAAGCUUUCCAGUAUCCAUUUCUAGUCUUUCUUGAAAAGGUAGAGACAAAUAAAGUAUUUCUACGAGAUACUACCGUAAUAUCUCCUUAUUCCAUUUUGCUGUUUGGCGGUUCAAUAACUGUGCAGCAUCAGAGUGGAAUAAUCACCAUAGAUGGAUGGUUAAAGAUCAGGGCAGCUGCACAAACUGCUGUGCUCUUCAAAGAACUGCGCUUAACCCUUCAUGGUAUUCUCAAGGAGCUAAUUCAAAACCCUCAGAGUGCAAGCACCAAGGAUAAUGAAGUUAUCAGGUCCAUAAUACACUUGCUGUUGGAAGAAGAUAAGCCGUCAAUGUGAAGUUCCCACCCAACCUCGGGUCAAUGCUAUAGUUCACGUAAAUCUGGCAUCUCAACACAAGUAACUUACUCCCGCUCCGGGUAACUUGGCUGUGUAGCAAGAUUCUCUAACAAUUCCAAAUCCAUCAGGGCUGAGGAUCUUUUUUUCCUGUCUCGCCCUGCACCUCACGCACCAAGUACGUAUAUCUUGAUCCCGGAUGAUAUGGUCUUAAACUAAUAGUUUCUUCAUUUAAAUGGAGGGGGCUCCACAUGCUCCCUGCAGCUGUAAAUUGCAAACUGCAAGUGUCAAAGGCAUUAAAAAAAUGAUAUUGGAGAUCAUGAUUCGGGAUGAUAUGGUCCCUAAUCUCAUAGUUAGACCAUUUGCUUGCAGUAUUGUUGAAUUCUCCAAUCUAAUAUGAUCUGUCAUCUUAGAUAUACAUGAUGUGCAUAUGCAUACAUCAAAAGUUCAUGACAAGUUAAAGGCACAAGAGUUCAAUGAUAAGUUGCCUAACUUGAUAUAAACUAAUUAGUCAAUUAAUGAUUUAAUAUGCAUUACAGGGAAAGUUUACACUGCCUGCCAA